UUUUUCCCUGCUUUUCCUUAGUUCAGGAAAAGUUUUUUUGGGGGACAAGUCGCGUUUUAUCGGCGGAGCUGCUGCUGCUGCAUCUUUGUCCCAAACGAUGUGAGGUUCUAAUGAGCGCGGCUCCGUCUACUUUCUGAAGCACCACACCCCCUCUCCGAAGAUACGACCACCCUCAUUCUCCCAAGCAAAUGCUCACAAACCCGCUCUUACUAACAGUUUAACUUUCCUGUGUGAGGAGAGGGACUCCUCGAUACACUUUAGUAGAUUUCUUGAAAGAAUAUUUGGUGUGAAUUCAAAGGGAGAGACAGACAGCGCGACUCGGAUAUUAGUUCUGAAAGUUUCCAUCCCCGGGAGCUCGCGCCAUCUGUCAAAUUUUCCCAACGCACGCUUCAGGUGACUGAAAAUCAUGCAGUAGAUCUACAAAGGAAGCAGUCGCAUUUGCGGUGUGUGUGUGUGUGAAUGGGACCAUGUGUGUACAAGACAUCAGGCUACUGAAAAACUGGAGGCUGCUGCUUCUUUGCCUCUCGGUUAUUGUCCUCGUCUCAGGGGUGAACGCAGGUGGGAAGAAGGACAGUGUCCCCUGUGGGGGAAGAGACUGCAGCGGAGGCUGUAAAUGUUUCCCGGAGAAGGGCGCCAGGGGACCCCCUGGACCUCUUGGCCCCCAGGGUCCCCAGGGGCCAUCAGGGAGACCAGGAGAUCCAGGUAUCCAUGGACCAAAAGGACAGAAAGGUGAUCGUGGCCGUGGAGGCACCAUCGGCACCAAAGGAGCUGCCGGAAUGGCAGGAGUUCCUGGCUUUCCUGGAAGCGAUGGCAUUCCCGGUCACCCGGGUCAAGCUGGAUCCAGAGGGAAACCAGGAGCAGAUGGCUGCAACGGCACACAGGGAGAUUCUGGGAAACCGGGGCUUCCUGGUGUUGAUGGCCCACCUGGUUAUCAUGGACCUCUGGGCAGGAAGGGAGAGAAAGGAGAGGACCUGGAGCUGAGUGUGUUUAUGCGCCGUUUCAGGGGAGAUCCAGGAACCCCAGGAUCCCCGGGGAUAUACGGGCCUGUUGGAAACCCAGGAAAGCCUGGUCCCCAGGGUCUUCCAGGGCUAAAAGGUCCACCCGGAUUUCCAGGUCCUCGAGGACAGAAGGGCAACAUGACCAGCGUGCUGAAGGGCGUCAAAGGAGAACAGGGGGACGCUGGCCCACCAGGGCCUCAAGGUCGUUCUCCUCACACAAGGCCCAGAUAUGGACCAAAGGGAUAUAAAGGAGAAACAGGAGAUCCGGCCGACAACGGAGAGAAAGGAGAAGUCGGUGUCACUGGAUACCCAGGAGGACGGGGUUCACACGGUCAAGAUGGAAGGCCUGGACCCAGAGGUGAUAUGGGUGAACCAGGAUGGGACGGCGUAGCUGGACAAAAGGGAGCCCGAGGUGAUCCAGGACCUCUGAUUACUUCAGGAAAUCUGGAUUGGCCCUGGUCUACGAUUGCUGGACCUCUGGGGCCCCCUGGUGAGCCUGGUGAGCCUGGUGAGCCUGGUGCACAAGGAGAGCGAGGCUCAGUGGGUGAUGUCGGCUUUCCCGGCCCACCAGGAUUCUCUGGCGAUGAGCAGCAACAAGAUUUGGAUUUCUUUGGGCCCUUUGGAAUAAAGGGGGACAUAGGAGAGAAGGGCCUACCAGGGGAACCAGGAUUAAACGCUGACACUGUAGGACCACCAGGUGCUAAAGGCCGUCCAGGAACCAGAGGCCUUCCAGGACCCAAAGGAACAUGGGGACAGUUCUACAGAGGAAAUGCAGGUGGACCAGGAAGGCCGGGAAAGUCAGGCGUUAAAGGACACAAAGGUGAUCACGGGGCCUGCAAGUGCACCACUGUAAACUCUCUCCCUGGACCCCCUGGUUCUGCCGGUGAGUCCGGUGACCCCGGGAUGACAGGAGAAACUGGCAGGCAGGGUGAUGAAGGAGAGCUCGGUCCUCCAGGUGCUGACGGACUUCCUGGAUUUCCGGGGACCAUCGGCUCACCGGGCCCAAAAGGUCAAAAAGGUGUAAUGGGAGAAGCCACAGAGAAAGGACAAGUUGGUGAUCAAGGAGAUCCUGGACCGGAUGGUGAGCCAGGACUGCAGGGUGCCCCAGGUCAAAUCGGUCUGCCUGGAAGACAUGGCAUCCCAGGUCCUCCAGGAACAGGUCCCUGGGGAGAACCUGGAGACAAAGGUUUUGUAGGUCUGCCCGGUCAACCCGGUGCAGCCGGCCUGCGAGGAGAACCCGGACUGGACCUGGUGGGCCCUAAAGGUGUAGCUGGUCCUCCUGGUGAUGAAGGGUUUGCAGGCUAUGACGGCAUUCCAGGAUCACCUGGUAGCCCAGGCGGCUGUAGUUCGCGAGGAGAUGGAGGACAGUUGGAUGUAACAGGUGGUUGUGAUGCUGUUCCUGGACUUCCUGGACCACCUGGACCUCCAGGCCCAUCAGGAUUCCAUGGUAUCCCAGGUGCUGUAGGCCCAAAAGGACUACAGGGUCCACUUGGAGCAAUAGGAGAGAAAGGAGAAAGAGGAGAGCAAGUCACAGGUGGCGCACCUGGUCCACCAGGUUUUCCUGGUCCGCGUGGAGACUUGGGGCUGCCUGGCAGCAAGGGCGUGAUCGGAAAUUAUGGUUUGCCUGGUGUGCCUGGACGAACUGGGCCACAGGGUGAAAAGGGGCAUCAUGGUAACAUAUUAGAUGCCUCAACAGGACCUCCCGGUGCCCCAGGUUUACCUGGGCUUCGAGGAGACAAAGGCCAGCAAGGAGAUCAAGGAGACCCAGGAUAUAUAGGAAUAGAGGGUAUUCCUGGUAUGAUGGGCUCCAAGGGGGAGACUGGCCCUUCAGGCUUGCAGGGAGAUGAAGGGAGGAUUGGGCCAGCGGGCACGUAUGGUUACCCUGGUGAUCCAGGCCAAAUGGGUCUACCUGGACUGCAAGGCACCCCGGGACCACCAGGCUUCAGUGGUGAGAGGGGACCUGAAGGAGACCCAGGACCUCCAGGACCAAUCGGACUAAAAGGGCUUCCAGGGGGUUAUGGUGAUCUUGGCCCAUUUGGAGAGCCAGGCCCACCAGGUGACCCAGGACAUCUUGGGCCAGAUGGGCAACCAGGAUUUCCAGGAGUGAGAGGAAGCAGAGGUUCUCCUGGAAUGUUAGGUUUUGAGGGGCCCCGGGGUGAUGCAGGGGUGAAGGGCUUCAGUGGACUAAAAGGAGAACCUGGAAUACCAGGAGAGGUUGGCAACAAAGGAAACUUGGGUCAAAGUGGAGAUAGAGGUGAUCGUGGUCUGACGGGCCCACCUGGUGAGAAGCCUCGGAUCUCUCAAUCUAGCAUGGUUAAAGGAGCCAAAGGAGAGCCUGGAGACCCUGGGGAGAAAGGCUUCACUGGGCCAAGAGGUUUGAAGGGUUAUCAAGGAAUACCAGGCAUUCCAGGGGCUCACGGGCUUCCUGGGGACCCUAGCAAUGACAAAGGUCAGCAAGGCGAUCCAGGUGCACAGGGGCUUCCAGGAAUCAAAGGAAUGCCAGGUUUCAUUGGCGAUCGGGGUAUUAGCGGCUUUGAUGGAAUGCCUGGCAUAAAGGGGUUUAAAGGAAGUCCCGGUGCCUAUGGGGCAUCAGGAGACAAAGGACAGAAGGGAUUUAAAGGUGAGCAGGGUCCUCGUAUCAACAUUCCUGGAGCUGUGGGAUUAAGAGGAGAAUUUGGUGUACCAGGAGAGCCAGGUCAGAAAGGAUUAUUCGGACAAUCUGGAGACAGGGGUAGUCCUGGUUUUCAUGGUAUUGAGGGCAGAAAGGGUGAACUAGGUAAUCCAGGCCUAUUAGGAACCCCAGGCAGUGAUGGACAUCAGGGGUCUCCUGGUAACCAAGGCCAAAAGGGCUUUUCAGGAUCUCCAGGAAAGCUGGGGCAACCAGGCUUUCCUGGCUUUGCGGGGGCCAAAGGUUUCCCAGGCCUGAAGGGUCUUUAUGGGCUACAUGGACUGAAAGGACAAAAGGGGAUCCCCGGAAUUCCAGGUGUUGAUGGGUAUGGACCAGAUGGAGAGCCGGGACAUAAAGGAGAGAAGGGGGAGGAUGGUGAUCCCAACAACCAGGCAGGUGUUCCAGGAACACCAGGUUUGAAAGGCUUCCGGGGAUCUCCAGGUGACCAGGGUCAGCCUGGACCUCCAGGAUUUUCAGGCCCUCCAGGACAAAAUGGGACGCAAGGUGGACCAGGACCCUCAGGGGACCGUGGCUUUUUAGGACCUAAGGGAUACCAAGGUUUCCCUGGACCCAGAGGACUUUCUGGAGUGGAUGCAUUCCCUGGAGAAAGGGGUACCAUGGGGCCAAUUGGAUUUCCAGGAUUAUCGGGUGAAAAAGGAUUUAAAGGAGAUCAAGGUCCUUAUGGAUACAGGGGACCUGAUGGUGUUUUUGGGAAAAAAGGAGUGAAAGGAGAGCAAGGACAUAUGGGAUAUCCAGGUGUCAUUGGAGCAAAAGGAAAUAGAGGACCUGCUGGUCCAAAAGGAAACUCUGGACCGAGUGGUGUCCAUGGACCCCCAGGCAGCCAGGGUCCCUUUCCAUUGCCUAUCAAACUUCCAGGAGAAACUGGUGCCCCAGGACCACAGGGUAUUCGAGGACCACAGGGGACGAGAGGGGGACCAGGGCCGCAAGGGCUCCAUGGGGAUGCAGGUUUCUUUGGACCCCAGGGGCAGAAGGGCAUGCCUGGAAUUAGUGGUACACCAGGAAUCCCUGGAUUUCGUGGAGAUGUUGGACAUGUUGGCCACCCUGGUUUGCAAGGAAUGGAAGGUUACCGUGGAAACCCUGGUAUCCCCGGGUUACCUGGCAUGCCUGGCCGCAGCGUCAGCGUGGGUUACCUGCUGGUUAAACACAGUCAGUCAGAGCACACGCCCAUGUGCCCUGUGGGGAUGUCCAAACUGUGGGACGGGUACAGUCUGCUGUACUUCGAGGGCCAAGAAAAGGCCCAUAACCAGGACUUGGGUUUGGCUGGUUCUUGCCUCCCGCGGUUCAGCACCAUGCCCUUCCUGUACUGCAAUCCAGGCGACCUAUGUUACUAUGCCAACAGGAACGAUAAGUCCUACUGGCUGUCCACAACUGCUCCUCUUCCCAUGAUGCCCGUGGAAGCAGGAGAGGUCAAACCGUACAUCAGCCGCUGCUCAGUGUGUGAAGCUCCAUCAGUUGCCAUAGCAGUCCACAGCCAGGACGUCACCAUCCCACAAUGCCCGGCGGGCUGGCGCAGCCUGUGGAUUGGCUACUCGUUCAUCAUGCACUCAGCUAUCGGAAACGAAGGAGGCGGUCAGUCAUUGUCUUCGCCCGGCUCGUGUCUGGAAGACUUCCGCACGUCACCAUUUAUCGAGUGUAACGGGGCCAGAGGCACGUGCCACUACUUUGCCAAUGAAUUCAGUUUCUGGCUGACCUCCAUAGAUCAGCCGUUCCACGCUGAGCCAUCAUCAGAAACGCUCAAAGCGGGACAACUCCUGUCACGCAUCAGCCGCUGCCAGGUCUGCAUGAAGAACUUGUGAAAGCGAUGAAGGUCGAUGGGGCUCCGGCAGUGACACAAAGGAGGGUCUAGAAUACUGACCCGAGUGUAAAAGUCAGUGCUCAGACCUGCAGACUGUGUGAGCUGUGAGUCAAACGUCCCCAUAAUGAAGUCAACAGUAUUUCUUUUUUUUUUUUAUGUGGAUUGGUGCUUAUUUUUAACUUAUUACCUCAGCUACUACGAUGUAUCAUUAACAAGUCAGAGUCGAGAUUACAGCUGAACCAAAGACGCCUGUGUGUAUGCACCGCUUCAGUUUAACUCUUCAUAGUUUACAGCCACAAUAAAGCUGCCAGCGCCGCUUCUUGACCUGCUAAUGGACACGUGACAAUGUUACGCUAGCAAAGCCUAUCUUCUCAUUUCAUUUUCUGCAUUCAUCAGCUCUUUCACACAUAUGACCACAAAAUGCACUGAUUAUUUUGUAUUUAUAACAGCUGAAUGAACUUGAUCCGUCUCCCGAAGAGUCUUCAUGUAUAUUUUUUAUAUGAUUUCUGCCACAUUUUUUCCCCUUCAGUUGCCUUUGGAAUUUCAUCAAUUUGGCUCAAAGUUCAGAAACAAAAAACUAAUUUUUUCUUUUGCUCAGUGAUUCUGGCUUUAACUUUUUCCUCACUUUAGCUUCCGUUGAAUACGCAUUUUAAAAAUUGACCGUUUCAUUCACAUUAACACGUACUGACACAAUUUGUUUUCACAUAAUUACAUUUCAUUAACACAGUUUCAUUGGUUUGUAAAGAUUAAAUGAUUAUACUUGA